GUGCGAGGCGCGUGAAGCCUCGCUGGCUCCUGCUCCGGGACGCGGACGCUGGCGCGCGCCGACUUUCUCCACCACAGGCGAGCCCGCCUCUGUUGACAGCAUUUCAGAAGGCACCAGCUUUUCUCUCUGGAUCCAUUCAUCCAAAGAAAUAUGUUUGUACUAUUUUUGCAAGCUUUUUAUUUUUACUUCAUCAUAGGGAAGUUCAAUCCCAAGAUGGAAAUGAGUACAUAUGAGAGGGUGAAUUAAGGUGUGACCAUUUGUGGUGUCCCGUCAAUCCCUGAAGGAAUAGAUUACCUGAAACUACUUUUAAUCAGGAAGAUUUCAUAUCUUAAAACAGAUCGACUGUUCUGUUUGUAUUUUCUGAAAUGAAAAGCAAAAGACAAAAACAGAUUUAAAAGAAAUGAAGAUGUUGCAUAAAUAAUCAGUAUCAACUCUGUUCCUUCGAUGAUAAUGGUGAUGUGAAGUGGAUUACAGAUCUGGGUGUGGUCCUAAAGACAAGAUUCUUGAUGGGACUGACAUUGAGAGCGGUAGGACAUUUUGUGCAUUCAACUUGGAGCAACAGAAUUUGCCAUCAACGGCAUGAGUGGCUCAGCCGAGGAAGUAAAGCAGCUUUUAUUUAAAUCCAAAAGUGUAGCCAUUAUUUUAUUGCUAUUUUGAAAACUUCUUCAGAACCAUUUAAAAAGCAUUGACAACUAUUUUUAUAGACUAAAGAAAGGCAGAUGUCUGCAAAUAAUUCUCCUCCAUCAGCCCAGAAAUCUGUGAUCCCUGCAACUGUUUCUGCUGUGCUUCCAGCUCCUUCUCCGUGUUCAAGUCCCAAGACAGGACUCUCAGCUCGGCUCUCUAAUGGCAGCUUCAGUGCCCCAUCACUCACAAAUUCUAGAGGCUCGGUGCAUACCGUUUCAUUUCUACUUCAGAUUGGUCUCACGCGAGAGAGCGUUACCAUCGAAGCCCAGGAACUGUCUCUCUCUGCUGUCAAAGACCUCGUGUGCUCCAUUGUUUAUCAGAAGUUUCCAGAGUGUGGAUUCUUUGGCAUGUAUGAUAAAAUUCUUCUCUUUCGCCACGACAUGAACUCAGAAAACAUUUUGCAGCUGAUUACCUCAGCAGAUGAAAUACAUGAAGGAGAUCUGGUAGAAGUUGUCCUGUCAGCCUUGGCCACAGUAGAAGACUUCCAGAUCCGCCCUCAUGCUCUCUAUGUACAUUCUUACAAAGCACCUACUUUUUGUGAUUACUGUGGUGAAAUGCUCUGGGGAUUGGUACGUCAAGGAUUAAAAUGUGAAGGCUGUGGAUUAAAUUAUCAUAAACGAUGUGCCUUCAAGAUUCCAAAUAACUGCAGUGGAGUAAGGAAGAGACGGCUGUCAAAUGUAUCUCUGCCAGGGCCUGGCCUCUCAGUUCCAAGACCCAUGCAGCCUGAAUGUGUGCCCCUUCUCAGUGAAGAGUCACAUACUCACCAAGAGCCCAGUAAGAGAAUCCCGUCCUGGAGUGGUCGUCCCAUCUGGAUGGAAAAGAUGGUCAUGUGCAGGGUCAAAGUCCCACACACGUUUGCUGUCCACUCUUAUGGCCGUCCAACAAUAUGCCAGUACUGCAAGCGGCUGCUGAAAGGCCUCUUUCGCCAAGGAAUGCAGUGUAAAGAUUGCAAAUUCAACUGCCAUAAGCGCUGCGCAUCCAAAGUACCAAGAGACUGCCUUGGCGAGGUUACUUUCAAUGGAGAGCCUUCCAGUCUGGGAACUGAUACAGACAUGCCGAUGGAUAUUGACAGUAACGAUGUGAAUAGUGACAGCAGUAGGGGCUUGGAUGACUCAGAGGAGCCAUCCCCUCCUGAAGACAAAAUGUUCUUCCUUGACCCAACUGAUCUCGAUGUGGAGCGAGAUGAGGAGCCUGUUAAGACAAUCAGUCCAUCCACAAGCAAUAAUAUCCCAUUGAUGAGGGUGGUACAGUCCAUCAAGCACACAAAGAGGAAGAGCAGCACAGUGGUGAAGGAAGGGUGGAUGGUCCACUACACCAGCAGGGACAACCUGAGAAAGAGACAUUAUUGGAGACUUGACAGCAAAUGUCUAACAUUGUUUCAAAAUGAAUCUGGAUCAAAAUAUUAUAAGGAAAUUCCACUUUCAGAAAUUCUCCGCGUAUCUUCGCCACAGGAUGUCCCCAGCAUUUCACAAGGCAGUACCCCACACUGUUUUGAAAUCAUCACUGAUACUGUGGUGUACUUUGUUGGUGAGAACAAUGGGGGCAGCUCUCAUAACCCUGUUCUCGCUGCCACUGGAGUGGGACUUGAUGUAGCGCAGGGCUGGGAAAAAGCGAUUCGCCAGGCCCUCAUGCCUGUUACUCCUCAAGCAAGCGUCUGCACGGCUCCAGGUCAAGGAAAGGACCACAAAGAUCUGGCUACCAGUAUCUCCGUAUCUAACUGUCAGGUUCAGGAGAAUGUUGACAUCAGCAGCGUUUACCAGAUCUUUGCAGACGAGGUGCUUGGUUCAGGCCAGUUUGGCAUUGUUUAUGGAGGAAAACACAGAAAGACUGGAAGGGAUGUGGCUAUUAAAGUAAUUGAUAAGAUGAGAUUCCCCACAAAGCAAGAAAGUCAGCUCCGUAAUGAAGUGGCUAUUUUACAGAAUCUGCACCAUCCUGGGAUUGUAAAUCUGGAAUGUAUGUUUGAAACCCCAGAACGAGUCUUCGUAGUGAUGGAAAAGCUUCAUGGAGAUAUGUUAGAAAUGAUUCUGUCCAGUGAAAAAAGUCGACUUCCAGAACGGAUUACUAAAUUCAUGGUCACACAGAUACUUGUUGCCUUGAGGAAUCUACAUUUUAAGAAUAUUGUGCACUGUGAUUUAAAGCCCGAAAACGUGCUGCUUGCAUCUGCAGAGCCGUUUCCUCAGGUGAAGCUGUGUGACUUUGGGUUUGCCCGCAUCAUUGGUGAGAAGUCGUUCCGGAGGUCAGUGGUAGGGACUCCAGCCUACUUAGCCCCCGAGGUCCUCAGGAGCAAAGGCUACAACCGGUCUCUAGACAUGUGGUCGGUGGGAGUCAUUGUCUAUGUGAGCCUCAGUGGCACAUUCCCAUUCAAUGAAGAUGAAGAUAUAAAUGACCAGAUCCAAAAUGCUGCAUUUAUGUACCCACCAAAUCCAUGGCGAGAAAUCUCCAGUGAAGCAAUUGAUUUGAUAAACAACUUGCUUCAAGUGAAGAUGAGAAAACGUUACAGUGUUGACAAAUCUCUUAGUCAUCCUUGGCUACAGGACUAUCAGACUUGGCUUGACCUCAGAGAAUUCGAAACUCGAAUUGGAGAACGUUACAUUACACACGAAAGUGACGAUGCUCGCUGGGAAAUCCACGCAUACACACACAAUCUCGAGUACCCAAAGCAUUUCAUUAUGGCCCCCAACCCAGAUGACAUGGAGGAAGAUCCUUAGUUAUCAGUGAGCUAACCUCAAUAAGGAAGGCUUUCAUUUCAAGAAUGGAUACUAUGCUGCAUGGCUGUUGCUCUCUGCAGACUAUCACUGCAAGGCAGCAGCAGCAUGAGGAAAUAGAAGGACUUGGUGGCAUCAGUUCUGUAACUCAUAACAAGCAGGUACAUGAAGGGAAACAGUAAUAAAAUCAAAAUGGAACUUUUAUAAAUUUUUAUAGCAUAAGCAAUAACUGGUUCUGGAAUUUUUCCUAAUCCUUCACAUCAGCACAAUGUGAAUCAGCACUUAAUUUAUCCCUCCUUUAUCUCUCCUUUGCUGUUAUUACAUCAUCUGUUUUAAAGGCCUAUGACUGUCUAGUUAUUGCUUAUAAGGUUGAUUACUCAACAGCUUUGCAGUUAAGCAGUAACCAUGAGGCUAACAACAUAUGGAUUGCUGUAAGGACUUUUAGUAUUUGUCCACUGUUGGAGACAUUGAUUCUUCCUGGACCCCUAUAAACAGAACACUGUACUGCUGACCUUUGCUGUAUGUAUCUUUAAAUAUGGUCUGUAUGACAUAACAGUUGUCACCUUUUCCAUGUUGUAGUAGUCACUAGGAUAAUUGAACAAUUGGUGUUACAAUGAAUAGAAAUAGCUGGUCAUCACUCUGCUCUGCUGGUGAACACAUAUGUUCUCAAUUGACACCAUCAUGAUACAGCAUGCCAACAGUCAGUGGGCAGAGCUCUGCAUUUAGCUAAUUUAUCCUCACCUGGAGUUGAAUAAUUUAUAGACAAAAUUAUGUACUAAAGAGGAAAGCUAGUGCAGGGUCAGUAAAUGUCCCUGUACAACAAGCAGUAUCUUUUCCUUCUUCCUUAGCCUUUGGGGGAUUUACAAAUAUCUAGUGUUGCCGGGCGAUGGUGGCGCACACCUUUAAUCCCAGCAGAGGCAGGCGGAUUUCUGAGUUCGAGGCCAGCCUGGUCUACCGAGUGAGUUCCAGGAUAGCCAGGGCUACACAGAGAAACCCUGUCUCGAAAAAAACAAAAAAGCAAAAAAACAAACAAACAAAAAAAACCAAAUAUCUAGUGUUUUUAAAUUAGCAUUGUAUUUUGAGCAGUUUGAAGGAGUGGUUGAAGUCAGACAUGAAAGUUCAGUUUAUUGAGGUGGGCCCUUAUUACCAGUACAGCAGGUGAAGGAAGGGUAAGAACGUCUUACCCUUCAGCCCCAGCAGCCAGCUGUUUCAUAGUAGUUAUUAAUACAGGUUCAGUGUCCCUAGCUGAGCUGCUUUACACCAGGAGGGUUUCAGUUUUCCAGAUACUGAAAUGUUUGCAGACUGGGUGAGCAUCCCUGGGUUAACAAAUCUGCAAUCCUCUAAAAAACUUAACAAUUCGGUGUACUUCAGAUUUCCACAUUAGUGAUGUCCCCAACUGUGCUUUACCUAAAGAGAAGGAUCCAGGAUCAUCCUCUGGUAAGAAAUAUAGUAGUUGCUGUUUUCUUAUUCCUCACUAGUCACCAAAAACAGGUUUUUCAUGUUUAUUCUUUUCUCUGCUAAGAACAAAAAUUUGGAAUCAGAAAACCUGGGUUUAAGCCUUAGUAUCUUUAUUCUGUAGAUCUGUUGGGCUGACAGGUGACAGUUUGUCUGAGCACUUAGUUUCUCAGUCUGUAGAGUGGACACCAUAAAUUCCUCCUUCUGCCUUCCUCCAUGUGGCUGUGAAGAUUGUGUGACUGCUUCUGACAAUCUGGAAUGCCAGGGUCAUCGCUUACCACUGGCUCUGAGAUGACAAAGGAAGAGCUGUGUGUGAACAGACCAAAACUAAGUGCCGUCCCAGAUGAGGAAGCAGCUGCAGGCAUCUGUCCAAAAUUAAAAAUGUCCUCGAAGAAACAGAAACAUUAGGGCUGCCUCUGUUGUAAAUGUUCAUGCUUUGAACUGUCCUCACGAUAGCCACAUAGCUAAGCACACAGUUAGCUGUUAAAGUGCAUUGAGUUUACAUAUGGAUUGAGACCCAGGCCUAUAUUCCAAGUCCCUUAACCGUCCCAGCCAUCGACAAUGUAUUUCCAGAAGACCUCCCAAACUGUCUCUGUGGUUGUUCUCAUACAGCAGUUGUGAAGAGUAAUUUUAAGAAACUUCUAAGAAAGAAUUUUUCCAUUUUUGCUAAAUCUGCUUGACCAGUAUGUACAAGAUGGGGCUAUUGAAUGUCACUAGGCAGCCCACUGUGGCUUUACUGUGGGAGGUGAAAACUAACUAGAGUGAUUGCUGGUUUGCUUACUUCUACAGUCAGACUUUACAAGCCAUGACAUGAAUUGCACUCUGUUUUGUUGGAGCCCUGUGCUGUUUAACAGAGACUGUGAAGGCACUGUCAGAGUCUGGAGUUGAGUAACCACUCCACUGUUUAACCUGCAUUACUUCUGUCCUUGUCUUAAAACCAAGCUGUGUUUGCAUAAAAUGUAAUUGUUUCUUAGAGACAUGUGACAGUUUUCAAAGUAGUGUAUAAUGACACUGUUUAGUACAUUUUAUAUUUUUUGUUACAUCCCACUUUUUGUAAAUAUUCUUAAAACUUGAUAAUAAAAUGUAUUUCUCUAUUACCAUA